UUUAGUUAGAGCAAGGAAAAUACAGUGAUGGAGAGCGUCUCCUGCUAUGCGAUUCGACACGCCUCUCUCAACUUCACUGGGGCCCGUAACUUAAACAAAUUGCCUCGAGACUUUAACACAUUCGCUAUACAAAAGCCCAGGCAUCCGUUAAAGGACUAUUUACACCCUGCAAUAGAAGUCGUGGAAUAGUUAUAAAAUACUUGAAAUUAUAACGACUUAAUCACUGAACCUAGAUAAAGAUAGAACGCGAUAAACUAAUAAAAUACAAUUUAUAAUGAAUCUUAAUAAAAUGACUUUUAUAAAACGAUUUAAUAUAUGUAAAAAGUUAAAAUUUAAUUUCGCAGUCUCAAUAAAUGAAAAUAUUCCACGUCAGGAAGACAGAAGUACCAUUAGUCUCCAGUGGGAUUUCGAGGCUCGUGUACUACAGCCCUGGCAGGCUGGUGGGCUCGACCAGCAAGGGCAGCCCUCUGGCACACUCCAUAAUCAUCAGAUGAAGGUGGUGGAUAAUUCCUUUUAUAAGGAGGUGGCCGAGUUUGCUGUUGUGACCUAUCUGCAGGAAAACGUGUACAAUCUUCCGCCUGUGGGGACUAUGCCCAGUGACGAGCCAUGUUAGUGAUUCCACAACCUAUUUGUACCAGCAAUGGUACAAAGAGUUUGUGAACAGAUCUCCCAACUAGCUAACAGACAAUGCACCUCUAUUAAAUUUAUAGAGCUUCAUCCAUCAUAAAAAAGUUUAUUUCUCUAUCCUGCUCUGCAACAGUGAUCAUCUAAUGAACUGGCUUACCGUUUAGGGUAGUGACAGAUUUUUUGGUAUUGAAACCGUUUUAUCAUUUCCUCUGCUGGUGAAAGUGGGUACGUAUUAACUUUUAAUUUAUUUCCCUUGUAGUAAUCUGCAUAAAACCAAUGACCUGUCCAGUGCCUUGGACAUAGCCCCUACACAUAACUGUCCUUGGUACGUCAUUACUCAUGGCCUGAUUGAUGCUAUUAGCUGGCUCACUCACUCCGGAGCAGGCAUAUUGAGCUGUGGAGGCGGUGGACGGGUCAGUCACUGGCUGCCUCCAACUGGGGACCACUCCAUGUUCCCAGACCGCCAGACAGAGUGUUGAGGAACACUCACAUGCUGCAGGAGACGCUGCGAGGUCUGAGACAGGCCUGAAGGAGCCUUGGAGAUCUAGAAAUACAACUGUAAAAUCAGAAACCAUUAGGAUUACCUUUCGGUGACUUACCUUUGGUAACCGAUGUUAACUUUAAAAGUUAACAAAGGUAAAAAAAAUGAGGUGUAACACUUAUUCGGCGUAGCAAUAAAAGUUUAAAGCCAAAAAAUUAAAAGAACACAGAAACUAAAUAGAAAUGGCAGUGACAAAACGAAGAGGAGUAACGUUGAGACAGAUGGUCAAGUGAGGAUAAACAGGUACGGGACCACAGGGAUCUCUGAGACAGAGAUCAGCAGACCUACAGGAGGUGCUGGUGAGAGUUCCAGAGGAACCUAAUAAGACCAGGGCGGUCUUCCCCUGCUGGAGGCACCAGGCCCUCCCCUGCAGACACCAGGCCCUCCCCAGCAGGCACCAGGUCUUCCCCCGCAGACACCAGGCACCAGGUCUUCCCCAGCAGGCACCAGGCCCUCCCCAGCAGGCACCAGGUCUUCCCCCGCAGACACCAGGCCCUCCCCACCAGGCACCAGGUCUUCCCCAGCAGGCACCAGGCCCUCCCCAGCAGGCACCAGGUCUUCCCCCGCAGACACCAGGCCCUCCCCACCAGGCACCAGGUCUUCCCCAGCAGGCACCAGGGCGCGGCAAAAGAGGUGGACCAUGGCCUUGGUAUUCCCAACAAAUCUCCUGCUGGCGCUCAUCCUCUCCUGGGACACGCGCGCUCAGCCCGAGGGAAGAGAUACGGGGGCAGAGGGUCUGUACCCGGCCGUGUACCUGCAGUCCCAGGGCGUCCCCAGCACCGACUCCUUCGUGCGCUGGGUAAAGCCAGUUCCAACACUCUCCACCCUCACCGUGUGCUUCCACCUGCGCCUCCUCCACUCCCGCUCCAUACUUAUGCCUCUCCUCAGUUACUCCGUCCCGGAAUUUCCCGACGAGCUGCUAGUAUAUGUCAACUGGGACUCUGAGGCUGUGGUGGUGGUGUGCUGUAACGGCAACGGCCGCGUGGAGCACCGGGGCCUCAUCACCUUCUCCGUCCUUCACGUCUGGGUCCAUAUGUGCAUCGCCAUGGACCUCCAGGCCUGGCGUUACACGCUAGUCCUGGACUCGCAACUCUUCUCUGGAAAGAUUAUCACCAUCUCGGCCAAGGAAAUGAUAAUGCGGGGUGGUGGAAUACUCCUCCUCGGCCAGGAACAGGAUCUUCAUGGAGAUGGCUUCAGCCUGGAACAGACCCUGGAAGCUUAUAUUGCUACGCUGGUGAUAUAUCCAGAAUAUCUGGGGGAAAAACAUAUGCGGGAGUUCGUCUCAUGCAACAUGAAGGCAAUCGAUUCGGCCGUUGUUUCCUUCUCCUCGAUAACAACAGACUGGAAAGCUUCGGGAGAUGUUGAAUUCGUUUAUUUUACGAAAACUAAUAUCUGUGGAAAAGCUCCCAAAGUUCAUGCUAUGUUCCCCGAGCACCGAACCCUGGAAGAGUCUCGGGUGUUGUGCCACAUGCUGAAGGGAAACAUCACAGUCCCGGAGAGUGAGACUGAGAACAAAGAAGUUGUAGCGGAGACCAGAACCCGUUCUGAGAAGUGCACUAAGGGCUGGGGAGUGUACCUGUGGCUAGGGGUAGGCGUCAGUAAUGAGAAUGGCUCUGAACACUAUAUAAACCUAGAGACUAACGCAACCCUCAAGUACACGAAUUUCCGGCAGGGCUACACCGCACCGGUGGCCUCCUUCCGCUGCGUCUUCAUGGACUCUUUGGAGGAAGGCAAGUGGGUGGUGUACCCGUGCUCUCUCAAGACUUGCACUGUCUGUAGUUUCACCAGGGUCACCGCUCUCAGGCUCCGUGGGCUCUGUGACGAUACUGUGCUCGACCGUCUCUAUACCAUUAACGGCAUGCUCAACGACAAGCCGCUCUUCGACGGCACCGGUCACACGCAGAUAUACUGGGACAACACCACCUGGGUGCUGAGGGACCAGAUGCACCACCAGGUGUCUGGAACCAUGGAGAUGAUGAACAGAAUGCAGUACCCGCUUGGCCUCCACAAGUGGAAUAUUACAGGUGACCUGUGCCCCACUCCGUACCAGGACCUGCUUCUGACCGCCUGCCGGGCCGACCAGUACACUUGCAACGAUGGUACUUGCAUCACCAAGAUGCAGCGAUGUGACCUGGAGGUCAACUGCCCGGACCAGAGUGAUGAGAGGCUCUGCAACGCAGUUGUUGUCCCCGGGGACUAUAUCAAGGAGGUUCCUCCGGCAAGAAAAGGUACCGAGCCGGCCCGUAUCCACAUGAAGUUGACCAUCUUGUCCCUGCAGCCCAUCGACACGGCCAAUAUGAAGCUGACCCUUGACCUGAGCAUUGAGCUCAUGUGGCGUGACCCGAGGCUUAAAAUGGAGUCUCUCAACUUGGCGGAGACUCUCAACGUCAUCUACGACGAGGAGAACAUCUGGAGACCGGAACUGCUGUUCCAGGAUGUCACGUGGACUGAGGCGGAGACCAGACUUCAGUGGGAGACCUUCGUAGUCGUCAUGGAGUCCGGAGCGGAGCCUGACGACAUCACUAGGGUCAGAGAAGACGAGGUGUAUCCCGGGGAGCUGAACUCUCUGAAGCUGACGCAGACGUACUGGGUGAAGGUGUCGUGCCUGAUGAAGCUUGAGCACUACCCCUUUGAUAGUCAGCUCUGCGUGUUCAUGAUAAGGAUGCAGUACUUCACCAAAGACCUGGUGGCUCUGAGCUCUCGAGAGACCGUGGUCGAAUAUCGUGGCGCCAGGAACUUAAGAGAAUACGAAAUGAGGUCUGUCGAAAUGAUGCAAUCAACCUGGAACAACCACAGCGGCCAGGAGGUAAUUUUUCGUAUAGAUAACCUGUCUGGGUUCUAUGUAAGCAGCACUUUCGUUCCGACUUUCCUAAUGGUUCUUAUCUGUUACUCGACAUUUUACUUCGAGUUGGACGACUUCAACGACCGCAUCAUGGUGUCGCUGACCGCCCUGCUGGUCCUGGCCACACUCUUCACUCAGAUCACUACCACAACACCCAAGACUUCCUACCUCAAGCUCCUCGACAUAUGGUUUGUGGCGUGCAUCCUCGUCAACUUCUCUAUAGUCAUUUUGCUGGUCGUGAUCAAUUACCUAAAGAUACACGAGAGUGAUAACAUUGUAGUUCCCUUCUCCAAGAAGAAAACGAUGUACCAGACACCAGAACGAAGCCGCAAGAUAAAUUACUUCUGCCGGGUCAUCAUUCCCAUCCUUCUCUUCAUUCUCAUCAUCGUAUAUGUCGGCAUCUCCGUCCGAGGGAGCCAAGAGAGGAGUGAUGAAUAGGAUUGUUUGAACUCGGCCGUAAAUAACGAACAUAGUUGCUUGUUGUGUAAGAAGAAAUGAGAAUUACGAAUGUUUAGACUGACUAAAGUCAUAAGGCUAUUUGAAAUGUCCAAACAUGGUGUCAUCGUCAAGGUACUUACGUAUCCGACAAUGGAAAAUUCAUAUAUAAUUCAAAUGUUAAAAUUAUUUUUCAAGUUUGUGGGUUAUUUUUAGCCAGGAAGGAGUUCUGAGAGCAUUGUUAGUUGCUGUCACGCACAACAUCACUUCAUUCUUCACCUAUACACAAUUGAAUAAAUCAUUUUUCAUUAACCUGAUGCAAUUGAUGUUAGAUUUUCUGGAUCACAUCUUAUAUGCAACUUUAUGCUGGGUUAGUUACGCUAAGAAUUAUUCUCGAUACCACGUACAGGUUUUCACGUCACAAUUUUCGAAGGAAUCAUUAUUGGGCAGCUUCUUGUGUUGAUGAUGAUAUCCUCAUAAUGCACCUCAGAGUCUGCCAGUGCAGACUACUCAUCACAUGCCUCUCUAUGACUAACCAUCCUGUGUGGUGGGGAUUUUAUCAUCACGUAGCUAGUUUUUUUGACACACACUGUACUCCCCUUCAUAUAGUCUAGGGUAGCUGCACAAAUGCACAUGUACCUAAAUGUGCUAAUAACAAAAGUUUACCAAACACUAGACAGACGCCUACGAACUGGGAAAUAUCGCGUCUUAUUCUUAAAUCACCAAUCAACCGUUACUGUAUAUCUAGCGUGUGUAUUAUGCGAGCACAGUGGUCUACGUCAUUAGCUCACAAUCGAGGGACCCGAGUCCCAUCCUUGGGCAGGACAGAAACCGUCAGGCGUAUUUUCUUUCGCCUGAUGCCUCUGUUCACUUAGCAGCAUAAUAAGAAUCCGGAAGUUUGGCAACUUGUGGAUUGCAUCCAGGGGAAGUCAGUAGUUGGCUUAACGGGGGACCUCAAUAAGCCAAACAGGCUUCCUCUUACCGACAACGGAAAUUAUAAUAUACGAAUCGAACACAAAUUUCAAAGUUUUUCAUCCUUCGUCAUUCCCACCUUCAAGGCUGUAUUUGUCCUCUAAGUUUUAACUUGCAUAAAUCUUAUUCUCAAACACCUGCUGCGUUUCUGUUGGCAAUUUGUAUUCCUUCAGAGAUUACAGUAGUGAAUAUUGUUGUAACUUCCUGUACUUAACCAAGAGUGUGUACGUCUGUGUGUGUGUGUGUGUGUGUGUGUGUGUGUGU